UUUUUGGUUAACAAUGGAAUCAAGAAAAUAAGCAAAUACUAUAAAAGCAGAACAGAUAUCAAUGGCAUUAACACUCUCGGCAAUAGCAUCAUCGAAUUUAUUCCGUCGGAAAUUGCCCAUAGUAGGCGCUUUCUGUGUUCUUACUUUUGGUCUCUCUAAUCUCUCUGUCCCUUUUACUAAUACGGGUUUUGCUCAUUCACUUCCCUUUGCCCCUCUUUUCCGGUCGAAAUUAGUUGGAGAAAGACGGAGUACAAGUGUUAGUAGAAUAAGAAUGGAAGCUAGCAACAAGAUUGUUCCAAGCAUUGUUGUUUAUGUCACUGUUCCUAACAAAGAAUUGGGUAAGAAACUGGCAGGGAGCAUAGUCAAGGAGAAACUUGCAGCAUGUGUUAAUCGAGUACCAGGUGUAGAAUCGGUUUACGAGUGGCAAGGAGAGGUACAGACCGAUUCUGAAGAGCUGCUUAUAAUCAAGACCAGGGAAUCCCUUUUAGAAGCUCUUACGGAGCACGUGAAGGCCAACCAUGAAUAUGAUGUUCCUGAAGUGAUUGCCAUGCCCAUAGUUGGCGGCAGUCCACAGUACCUAGAAUGGCUCAAGAACAGCACAAGGGAUGAAUGAUUUAGCCAAGACAAGCUUGUUCAACCUUGAGCCUGUAACUUA